AUGGCCAAAAGAAAAGCAACAGAAUCGGAACCUUUACCGACUAAGAAGCCAACAAAAUCUGUUUCUGAAACGACAAUCUCAAUAUGUAUACCUUCAACAGUAAUUUCCCUGAAGAAUGCUUAUAAUUUACAACAAAUAACCAAUAUCAUAUAUCAAAUUGCUAAAGCCUGUACCAUUUAUAAAGUUGCCGAAAUCAUUGUAUUUGAUGUGCCACAAUCAAACAAUGAUAAAGAAGACGAUAAACUGACUGUUGUCGUUGGAAGCAAGGUUAAAUUUGUUGAGGAUGAACCCGAAAAGACUCUUGCUAAUCCGAGUAAAAAAUCCAAUGUUAAUGGUGAUAAAGUAUCUCCUUCAUUAUUAGUUGCCAGUUUAUUGCAAUUUUUCAUCACCCCUCCAUACCUCGUGAAGACAAUGUUUUCCAGUCAUUUAAAUUCCAAAUUCAAAAACAUCCUUCCCAAAUUCACGUAUGCUUUUAAAUUACCAAAAAUAACUACUUUACCAUUCAUGCAAAAUAAUCAAGUAUAUAAGGAUUUCAAAGAAGGUAUGAUAAUACCCAGAGAAACACCAUUGAUGAAAAAGAAAAACAAAAAGACCAAGUCCGACCACAAAAUCACUGUUAGUAAAUAUGUCAAUAUUGGAGAGAAAGAAGCAUUGAAAUUAAACAUUAAACGAGAAAUCCCCAUAUAUUCUCGUGUAACAGUUGACUUGAAAAACAAAACAGUCGUCUCCCCAUUACAAGCCUAUGGGGUUGUUGGUCAUAAAGCUGCUUUUGGUUAUCAUGUAAGAAUGGCCAGUGAAUUUAACAAAAUAUUCACUCAAUCACCAAUAUCUGAUGGUUAUUCAAGUACCAUCUAUGUAAACUGUGAUGAUUAUUUUGGCAACAACAAUAAAAUAUCGGAGUUAGAUAAUCUACUGACAUUCAAAGAGGCCACAGGGAAUGUAUUGAUGGUGUUGGGGAACUAUAAAGAUUUACAAGCAGGAUUUAAAGCUGACACUUCAAACGUAUUUGAAAAUAUUGACAGUGUUGCCCAUUUAUUUGAUUCUAAGUUGAAUAUCCCAGAUGGUUGUAGAAUAGAAGAUGCCAUAUUAAUUAGUUUAGCUAAAGUUAUAGAGUAG